AUGACUGCAGCUGCAUGUCGCACAUCAGCUCCAAUUAUCUAUCAAAUACAAGUAAUCUCAACACAAUCACAAUUCACACCGGUUUUACCUCGAACUUCAAUAUCAUCGUCAGCUUCCUCAAUUAAUUCAGCUUCAGAAAUUCGCAAAUCAAUCAGAUUCAAAAAUACAACCACAAAUGAUAUAAACAAUAAUGACCAACAAGUAACCAAUACAUCUAUUCAGGAGAUUCGAGAUGUAGAAAAUAAUGAUGAAACAGUGGUAGAUAUCGAUAAGGAACAAUAUCUGGCAUUGGUUGGCCUUCGGCGGAAGACUAAAAGUCCUUCGAAGUGUAUUUCAACAUUACGGCCAUUAGUAAAAAGAUUAGCAGCUCCAAUUUGUUUACUUCCAUUACCAAAAAAUGGUCAACGUGUGCGACAAGCUUUAUAUAUUUUAUUGCCAUUCUUAAAAUUUUUAUCAAUUAUCCAUGAUAUUGAACUAUAUUGUUCGCCGAAUGAUCAAGCAAAAGAUGGAUGUCUCCUAACACGUUCAGUAACACAGACACGUACAUCGGAGCCAAUAAACAAAAAGACAAACAAACGAAAAGUAUCCAAGCCAGAAUUUAUCAGUAUGGCUUCGAAUGCUUUUCGUAAUAAUACAAGACGAACUCCGAUGAGUCAAUAUAUUCAUUCGACUCUACAAUGCAAUGUUGUUGUUGAUCGUUUGGAACAAUCAGCUAUUGAUCAGAUAAUGAAAAAAUCAAUCGAAAAUAAUCAAACAAGCAUUGCUAUGACAUCAAAAGUAAAACGAUCCCUACGAAGUUCAUCUCAACAAGAAUGUUCUUCUCUUUCCGAAGUUCGCCUCUCGUUAAAUCAAACAACAACAAAAACUACAACAACACGAACAACGAUAACAACAAUGACAACCGAAAAAACAACUGUUAAACAAAAAUCGACAACACCAGCGUAUAAUGAUUCAAAGCGUUUAAAAAAAACAAUUGAUAAUAAUUCAAUUGAUAAAUUUGAUAAUAAUAAUCAUGCAACAUUAGCAUAUCAACGGAUUUAUUUAAAAUGUUUUGUUUGCUCAAAGCGUGAAUAUAUCGAUGUUGAAUCUAGCAAUAGUGACAUAUUACAUUCACAUUGGCUGGAACACGGUAAUAAUUUAUCAUUGAAUAUAUAUGAUUCGAUAAUAGAUUCAAUUUUAACACGUGUUGUCGAAUUUUUUCAUUUUCCUAAAAGACAUACAUUAGACGGAAAAAUUCAAACUGUAUUUAUAUUAAAUUCAAAAGAAAUACGUAAGACUCCAUCUAAUGUAGUAGAUGAUGAUGCUUGUAUAGUUCUCGAUUAA